AUGGAGAGAGCCAUAGUGACUGAUCUACUUGCAAGCCAUGAUGAACGAGCCAAACUGGUCAGAUCCCAAUAUCUAACUGGCGUCACGACCACUGCUCAUAAUCCCCAAGAACUGGCGGCACUAGCUGAAGCUGAUCUAGGCGCUCCAAAGAAUCGGCAACCUCACGUAUUUAGUCCGAUUUCUUCUGUCUCGGAGAACAGCAUCUUAGAGACAGCUCCAAACAAAAGGUCACCUCCAACGCAUCAGCCAGGAAAAGAUCACAAGCCAGUGUCUUCACCUCCGAGAUGGAAGUCUGAUCACGGUCAAGCUGAGGGCAAAAUAAGAGAAUUGGAACAGAGGAUACGUCAAUACGAGAGUGACUCGCAUUUGAGAAAGCAGACAAAACCACCAUCCAAGCUAGCUAUAGAUGAUCUUAAGGACGCUCACCAAAAAGUGGAAUUACUUAUGCGUGAGAAUGAUCUGCUGGUUGACCAGGCUGCUGCUGCUAGAGACGAGUCUGAAAAAAUUAGAGGAGAACUGGAAAUGCAAGCUAGAGAAUUGUACGCUUGUGCUCAAGACGCUUCAGAAUCGAGAGCCACUGUCGAUGCUCUCCAAGCUCAACUGGAAGAUGCCAACAAACGAGCUGCCCGAGCUGAUGCUGAUGUCGCCGAAAGCUUACAGCUCUUGGAAGAAACACGGACUCACAACGAAUCCGUACAAUUGGAGCUCAAGAAAUGCUCUGGUGAGCUGAAAUCAGCUCAAUUUCAAAUAAGCGAAAGACAAAGGGCUCAAGAAGAAAUCACCGCCAGAUAUCAAGCAGCCGUGCGAGAGGCCAACAACGUUGCUUCUAGAGAGCGAGAUCUUGCAGCUGCUCUACAAACCACAGAUGGCGAGCUUCGAGCAUUGAAACACAUAUACUCUGUUCUCAAGAGUGAUUUCGAUGGGCUAAAUAACGCUCACGAUGACGUCCUUCGAGUCACAAAGAAACAGGAGUCGCGUAUUGCAGAAGUGGAAUCCCAACUAGUAGACUUAAACAAGGCUGAACAACGAGCUCUCGAGCAGGCGGAAGAGUCAAAACUUGAACGUGAAAAAUCACUGGUUCGAGAGCAACAAGCUCAAAGUGAAGUACAGAGGCUUUGUGCAAAAUUGGAAGAGUUGCCCAAGAAAAUCAAGGAAAAGACAGAAGCAGAGCUAGCUGCUGUGAAGGCUCAACACGCUGCAGAUAGAACUUUCCAUGCACAAGAAUUGACAUCAAUUCAAACGGAACUAGCUGAUCUCAAGAAUCUAGCUGACAGAGCUAUUCGAGAAAAACGCUCAGCAGAAACUGAGCUGGAAAAGCUCACAACGUCCAUUCCCACAGAAAGCAAUCGAGUCGCUGCAGCCGUAGAGGAUUUAUCUGGUCGUUUAAGAGUUGCCGAACGAGAACGUGCUGACGCUGUCACAAAAUUGGAAACACUUCAUCAACGUCUUUCACGUGAAGAGACGCGCUUCGAAUCUGAACGGAUCACCUUGACCAACAGGGCCGAAGAAGCCUUCAGACGUCUUCGCCGUGUUGAACGAGAACUGGAAGAAACCAAAGAGGACAGAGUUACGCUGCUCUCCAAGGUUGCUGAUGUAGAGCACCAGUUCAAGGCUCUCGAAGAGCAAAAGAUGAAGGGAACUCAUCAAGCAGCUGCCGAUAUAAAUAGCCUCCAUGCAAAAUACGAGACACAGGUUUGUAACCUGACAUCAAAAUUACAGCACACCUCCGAAUCACAUUCCAAGACAUGCAAAGAGCUUCAAGAGCUGCUGAGCGAGCAGAGACGUACAGGAGAGAGAUGGAAGGACGAGUCAGCUCGCUUAUCCACUCAAUACUCGUCGGCACUUCAAGAAUUGCAAUCGAGGCUUGCUAAAUCUGAAGCCCGUCUGAAUGAGUCAGACGAAAUGUGUGCUGCACACGCCUCAAGAAUUAGAGAUUUGACAGCACAAAUCACCGAAGAUCGAAAACUGAUUGCAAGGCUGCAGCAGACCCUGCGUGAUUCAGAUUCCAAGGUGGCAGAAAAGGAUCGCUCAAUACGAGAUCUGCAGCGAAGGUGCCUUGACGCCGCAGAAGAACGAAAACGUCUCCAACGUGAACUCGACAGGACUACGCUUGAGAGAGACCGUGCUGAGAGAGAUAGAACCUUUCAAGCUAAACAUGGUGCUCGUAAUGCACGAUUGGGUUUAAUCCAACCUACUCAAGAUGAUGCAGAUCACUUUGCUCUUGAGGCCAACGUUUUACAGGCAGAAAUCAUUAGAGUACACAAAAGGUCUCAACAGGGAUCGAAACAACACACUAAAUCCAACAAUCAUUCUGAUUCUGAGGACGAUUCUCGCCUUUCUGGCACACAAACACCAGCAUUGUAA